AUGCUCGAAUCCGUCUUUCAGCCCGUCGCCGAUGCGGCUGGCGCACCCGUCGACUACAUCAAGCUGUUCAGCUGUCUGCUCGCUGCCUUUCCUCUAGCAGCCGCAUUCCCUUACCUGCCAUCGCCGACGUCCAAGCACCUCUACAGCCUGGCUCUGUCGUUUGUCUUCUUCGUCCCCGUGCUCAAUCUCUACUCGGGCUUUCUCCAACUCAUCGGCUCGGCACUCGUGACGUACUUCAUCUGCAAGUUCAAAAUCGGCGGCAAGAACAUGGGCUGGUUGGUCUUUGCGCUGCAGAUGGGCCACUUGACCUACAAUCACGCCGUGCGCAAGUUUGGCGGCAUCCCGCUGUCGACCAUCGAGAUCACGGCCAUGCAGAUGGUGGCGGUCAUGAACCUCACCACUUUUGCAUGGGACUGCUAUGACGGCCAGAUCCGCACCGCGGAACAGUGCGACGACUCGCAAAAGCAGAGUCGCAUCACAACCAUGCCGUCCCUGCUCGAGUUCUUGGGCUACGUGUUCUACCUCCCAGGGGUGCUCAUCGGCCCUGCUACCCGCUUCUGCGACUACAAGGCCUGGUCCACCGGCGAGCUCUACGCCUCUCCCAAGGGCAAGGAGAAGGCUGUCACCGCACCUUCGCUUCCCCCCGGUCGUCUCUUCGCUUCUUCCGUCUCGCUGCUCGCUGGUCUGGGUUUCAUGGCUAUCUACUCGGUCUUCGCCCCUGCCUACUCUUACGAAAAGCUCAUUGGUCUGCACGGUGGAAUUGACCACUUGGCUUGGUACCAAAGGCUCCUCUGGAUCCAAGUGGCCGGCUUCAUGGCACGUACCAAAUACUACGGCAUCUGGUCCUUGACCGAUGGAGCCUGCAUCUUGUCGGGGCUGGGGUACAACGGUGUUGAUGCAAAGACGGGUAGGACCAAGUGGAACCGGUGCCGAAACAUCGACAUCCCCAAGAUCGAGUUUGCCAACAACUGGAAGGAGCUGCUGGACCAUUGGAACAUGAACACCAACGUGUGGCUGCGCAACAACGUCUACAAGCGCAUCGCGCGUCCCGGGAAAAAGCCAGGCUUCAAGUCGACCAUGACCACCUUCUUCACCUCGGCCUUCUGGCACGGGCUCGAGCCUGGUUACUACCUGUCGUUCAUCUUGGCCGGAUUCAUGCAGUCUGCAGCCAAAUCGCUGCGACGUCACGUCCGCCCGCUGUUCUUCACCCAACCCAACGUGCCCAAUCCGACGUUCUCGAACGUGCUCACCUUCUCCCCCGCCCAACUGGCCUACUGCACCGCGUCCGUCAUCGUCUCGCAAGUGACGCUCAAUUACGCCGUGGCGCCGUUCAUGCUGCUCGAGCUCAAGGCGUCGAUCCAGGGCUGGAAGGCGGUGUACUUUUACGGCCAUGUGCUGACGUUUGUGGCGAUCAUGGCGUUCCAGAACGGACUGGGUAAAGCGUUGGAUAAGAGGAGUGGUAAGGCCAAGUCGAAGAGGGAGGUGAAUGGAGCCGCGUUUGCGUCUGGAUUCACGACGGAUGCGGAUAGCGAUGCGGAAGGGGUGAGGAGGAGGGUGGCGAGGAAGCACAAGGUGGACGAGCAGGCGGAGGAUGUGACUGCGUUGGCGCCCGAGCCGAUUUCGUAG